AUGCAAAUUUUCAUCAAUGCUUUGGAUGGACAGAUUCACCGUCUUGAAGUGACUCCUGAGACCACUGUUGCACAAAUUAAGAAACAGCUUGAGGCGGAUGAGCAUAUUCUCUCCCAUGGAAGCGCUAUUCUGGCAGACUCUUCAAGCCUUUUGGGCCUUGAUCUUACUGAUGGGGCUACCCUUGCCAUCAAUGCUCGACUUCUCGGAGGCAAAGUCCACGGAUCAUUAGCUCGCGCAGGAAAAGUUCGAGCCCAAACACCUAAAGUUGACAAACAGGAAAAGAAGAAAAAGAAGAAGGGUCGAGCGGCACGACGAAUCCAGUACACCAAGAGGUUUGUCAACAUUGCUACCGGACCAGGAAAGAAGCGCGGACCGAACUCCAACCAAGCCUAA